AUGUUCGAGGCUGAGCCGGCGCCGGGCGACUGCCCAACCGCCAUGAAAUUUGCGCCUAGCUCUCGCAAACUUUUGGUGUCAUCCAUGGAUGGAAACAUCUACUUGUAUGAGGUGCAGGGUGAGGGGGAGGAUGCGAGCGCGCCCCUCGUACGGCAAAUAUCAAUUGGCUGUCCGGUCUUGGACGUCACGUUCGGAAGCGACGACAAGGAAGGUUUCUGCACGGGGGCGGAUUCUACCAUCAAGAGGAUUGACCUUGAGUCGGGGGAUGUUACAGUUGUUGGAAAGCAUGAGAAGCCAGCGAGGUGUAUAAUAUACAGCCCCGAGUAUUCAAUACUGGCGUCCGGCUCCUGGGACUGCACGUUGCAAAUAUGGAAUGCAAAGGACCUGUCCAAAGACCCCAUCAUCGUACAGCUGCCAGUCAAGGUGCACGCUAUGGCUGCAAGCAAAACAAAACUUGUCGUUGGCAUGCACAACCGCAUGGUGCAAAUUUUUGACCUGCCGGCCAUAGCCAAGCUUCUCGAAUCCGGAGCAAGCGGCAGCGAGAGUGGCUUGAAGCCGUGGCAGCAGCGCGAAUCUUCCCUCAAGUUUAUGACGAGGGCCAUUGCAUGUAUGCCCAAUGAUGCCGGCUACGCGACCAGCAGUACGGAGGGCCGUGUUGCCGUCGAGUUCUUUGAGGACUCGGCCGAGGUUCAGGCUCGCAAAUACGCUUUCAAGUGCCACCGUGGGCCUGACCCCAAAGACCCAGACACGGAGCUCAUUUACCCGGUUGACUCGCUGGCUUUCCACCCAGAGUACCUGACCUUUGUGUCUGGCGGUGGUGAUGGUCAGGUGGCGCUAUGGGAUUCCGAGGCCAAGAGGCGUAUGAAGAUCUACCCGAUGAACGGAGGUUUGGCAGCGCGUACGCUAGCCUUCUCAGCCGAUGGAAAAUUUCUAGCCAUAGGCACAUGCCCAGGCUUUGAGGACACCAUGGAGAACUACAGCGGUAAGGGACAAUCCCACGUCCUGAUCCGCGAGCUCAGUGAGAAGGAGGUUAAGCCCAAGCCGAAGAAGUCAAAAUGA